AAUGGACAAAUAACCAUUAUUACACAACUUUACAAUCACUCCUAAUGACUUAUUCUAAAUCAUAGGUUCUUAAAACACUUCAUAUACAGCAACUUCUCUAUCGCAAAUGUUGGACACCGAUCUGCAGGUAUUGAAUGCAUUAUUCUUAUUACAAGAUGGGACUCGACUCCUCAAAUCUUUUCGAUCUAAACAAACGAAAGAAGCAGUAAAGAUCUUGAAUUAUAAUAGGUUUGGCACACAUAAAAUAUAUGAUUCACAAACUAUUCGAUAUCAAGUUUAAAUAUUGUCUAAAUUUAAUAGUUAGUCAUUCAAAUCAUCAAGAAUAAGUGGCAUUAAAUCUUCUUUGCUCUCACUCUAACUAAAUUAGCAUUAUCUAUGAUGUUUACUGCCUCCAAAAAUGUACCUAAACAAAAUAUUAUAGGAAAGAAUGGAAUCAAUAUUUAUUCUGGUAUUCUCCUUAUUGCAAUUGCUAAUACGAAUAUUUAAAACUGAUAAUCAGGAACUGCUCAAUAAUUUACGCCAAUUUCAAAACAAAAAAGUUAAAUUAAAGAGAAAAGAUAGACUCAUUACUAUAUCAUCUGACUAAAUUGUAGUCGGAGACAUCCUCAUCUUUGGGGAAGAUUAGCUGAUUGAAGUAGAUGGCAUUCUUAUUCCCAAUUAAUCAAACCAAACCUUACUCUUUGAUACCAAUACUAACAGACUACCAUUUAUACGUUCAGGCUCUAAAGUGUUAUAAGGCAAUGGAUAAUUACUAGUGUUGGCAGUGGGAAUCAAUACUUAUCAUAUGAAAAAAUGUGAUUUGAAUUUGUAACACGAAUACACAACGCCUCUUUAAGAAAGAUUAAAUUAUUUGCAAUAAUAACUAAUUAAGCUCUUCUUUGUACUAGCAAUCAUUCCUUUGGUAAUUCAAUUUAUUAAUUAUUGUUAUCAUAUAUCGAUUUAUGAAUACUCUUUUGAUUUAGUGGAAUCCAUUCAUUCAAUUAUUAAGUAAAGUUAGAUUUCCAUCUUGCUAUUGUUAAUGGUGAUGAAUGAUAAUCUAUAGAAAUUUGUAUCCACUUAUCUUCAAUAUAAUUAAAAGAGAAUGAAAAGAGAUCGCAUCAAAUUUCAAAGACCGAGUUCCUGUGAAAUAUUGGGCAGAAUCAAUAAUAUUUGCACAAGUAAAAGUUAGAUAUUAACAAAUGGCAACACAAGAUUGGUACAAAUAUUUGCUGAGGAAUAACUGCUAAUGAAAUUCGAUAUCAAAAAAUUAAGAUAUUCUACCAUUCAACUAAUUCAGGAGAAUAUUUGCUUGAAUUCAACUGCCAAUCCAAAAAUUAGCUAUAGAUCUAAUGAUAUUACUGUUUUUGAAAAAUUUGGAAAUGAAAUCGAUUGUGCUCUACUUGAAUAUUGUCAUGAAUUAGGAUAAGAUUAUACUACUAUAAGGAAAAGUUAUUAAAAUUAAAUUGUAUAAUAUUUUAAAUUUAAUUCUGAUAGAAAAAUGAUGAGUGUGCUCAUUUAAUUAUAAAAUAAAUAUAUAUUAUACACUAAGGGAGCUCCAGAUAUUAUUUUAGAAAAUUGCACAGACUUUAUAAACUGCAAGGGAGAAGUUCAAAAGUAUUUUAUAAAUCAUAUCUUAAAGAUUAACUGAGUAAAAUAAACAAUAAAUCUAAAAUUAAAUCAAGAAAUUUGGUGAAGAAAGUUACAGACCCUUGUGUUUAGCCUAUAAAACCAUAGAAAAUAAUCUAAAUCCUAAAUCACUAAAUGAAAAAUAAUUGGAGAAACAAUUGAUCUUCGUAGCAUUAAUAGCCUUAGAGGAUGAAAUAAGAUAGGGAGUGUAAAGGUCAAUCUAAUAAUGCAAAGAAGCAGGAGUUAUAGUGAGAAUGAUAACGAAUGAGAGUCUAGAAUGUUCAAUAUCAUUAAGUAAGAAAUGUGGAAUAUUACCAAUGAACUAUUAGCAUCAGAAGGACUCCAAGAAGGUUAUGACUGGAAGGAUUUUCAAUGAUUUAGUAAAAGGAAUCACUUACAAGAAAUAAGAUGGUUAAAUUAUACCAAAAAUCGGUGAUAUGGAUGCCUUCGCUUAGAUUGCUGCUGAGUUGCGGGUUCUCGUAAGAGCAAGUCUAGAUGAGAAAUUGGCCAUCAUCCAAGGAUUAAAGGAAUUGAAUUACGUUGUUGGAGUCUUCAGUCACAGUGAUGAGCCUGCGUUUUAUCGACUUGCUGAUGUUGGUUUCUGUUAGAAUUCCAAAAUAAUACAACAGUAUAAUUAUAUGGUUAGUGUCUCCAUUUUAGAUGAUAACUUCUCUUCUGUUAUUUAUUCAAUAGAUUGGGGAAGGAACAUUUUUGAUGCAGUUAGAAAAUUCAUUUAAUUUAAAAUAGCUCUUCUCUUAUCGUUAUCCAUCCUACAAGCCUUUAGCAUUUUCCAUUAUUUUAAUUAAACCUAAUUGUUAUGGAUCACAUUCAUUGUUGACUUUACUGCUUUCUUCAUGUAUGCCACAGAAAUACGUAAAUUUACAUGUUAAUUCAAUAUAGCUAGUAGAAGACUAUACGAAAGAUAACAGAAUGAGAGAUACCAUUUGAUUACAUCCAAUAUGUGGAGAAACAUCAUUUCAUAAAUAAUCUAUCAAUUACUGGUUUUAUUUAUCAUUUAGCUCUCAACUUAAAAGUACAUUGCAAUGAAAAACGGUUUGAAUUGCUAUCACUUUGACUUAAAAUCACACACCCUACUAUUUAAUACUUUUGUAUAUCUUUAGAUCUUUAAUUUAUUGAUUUCUCAUAAAAUUCGCAAAACUGAUAUCUGCAUUUCAAAUAACAAAAGAGAAAGAACAAAGUUAAUCAUAUAACUUGUGUUGAUAUUUGCGAUGCAAUACUUUGUGGUGUAAGAAUAUAGUUAUUGUUAUAUUUAGAGAACACUGUAAUUUUAUUUUUAGCUUAUCUAAACUUACUUUGAAAGAAUAUUUUGGAUCUCUUUUGAUAUCCUCUUUUGGUUGUGUUGUCACGUAUUAAUUAAAUCAUCUAAUUUAGAUACCUAUUUAAAUUCAUUAACGAUAAAUAUUUUAAUUGGAUCACACUAUUUAGAAGUUAAGAUUAGCGAAAUCAUUAUUCAUCUUUUGACGAAGUAAUAAUAUAAUAUCAUUUUUAGUUCUUGUAAUUUAAAUCAAUUCUUCGUUAAAUUAAGAGUUAUCCAACUGAAAAAGAGGAGAAUAGUGAAAUUGAACUUACAGAUAAAUAAUGA